AUGAUGUGUUGUCACCAAAUUGUGUGUGUGUGUGUGUGUGUGUGUAUAGAGGGCGUGGAGUUGCCUCCCCCAAGGCCUGCGAUCUUCCCUCCAGCGUGCAUCAUUGCUUCCCAGGCUGGAAGUUUCAGUGGCAACAUGAGUGGACGCGUUGCAGAUUUGAGCGCCAAACAAGCUGAUUCGUUAACGCAGUUUCGGGACAGAAUCGCAGACGUCCUUCCCGAACUUCCGGCCCAACACGACCACUACCUGCUACGCUGGCUCCGAGCCAGAAGUUUCAAUGUUGCCAAAGCUGAAGUGAUGAUCAGGAAGCACGCGGACUUCAGGAGGACCAUGAAGGUGGACAGCAUCAUUUCAGACUGGACGCCUCCCGAGGUGAUCGCGCGCUACGUGUCGGGGGGCAUGUGCGGCCACGACAAGGAGGGGAGCCCCAUCUGGUACGACGUGGUGGGCCCGCUGGACCCCAAAGGGCUCCUGAUGUCGGCCAGCAAGCAGGACUUCGUGAGGACCAAGAUCAGGAACAUGGAGAUGCUGCAGCGUGAAUGUCAAAAGCAGUCCCGCAAGUUGGGCGUGAACGUGGAGUCCGUCACGCUGAUCUACGACUGCGAGGGUUUGGGCUUCAAGCACAUGUGGAAGCCCGCCAUCGAGAUGUACGGGGAGAUCCUCACCAUGUUUGAGGACAACUAUCCGGAGGGGCUCAAGAGGGUCUUCCUCAUCAAAGCUCCCAAAGUGUUCCCGGUGGCCUACAACCUGAUUAAGAACUUCCUGUGUGAGGAGACGCGACGCAAGCUGGUCGUUCUCGGAAGCAACUGGCAGGAAGUUCUUCGAACACACGUGGACGCCGAGCAGCUUCCGGCGACGUACGGUGGAACCCGGACCGACCCGGACGGGGACCCUCAAUGCAGAACCAUGAUCAACUACGGCGGCACGGUGCCGCGUUCGUACUACAUCCAAAACUCGAUCAAGGUCCAGUACGACACCAUCGUUACCGUCAGCCGCGGCGCCACCUUGCAGUUAGAGUACGACGUCAGCGACGCCUGCAGCCUGCUGAGGUGGCAGUUCGCCAGCGACGGCGCUGACAUUGGGUUCGGCGUGUACCGACGCCCGCCGCUGGGCGGCGGGCAGAAGACGGCGGCCAUGUUGCAGGUUGUUCCAACGCAACGCUACAACGCGCACCUGGUGCCCGAGGACAACGUGAUCACCUGCCCCGAAGCCGGCAUGUACGUGUUGUGUUUUGACAACAGCUACAGCAUCCUGCGGUCCAAGCGCGUCAGCUACACGGUGGAGGUGCUUCCUCCGUCGCCGUGACGACGGUGCCGCCCGCCAGAGGUUCCCGACCGGACCGGACGGCCGCGCCACGUUUGGACACCAAGCCUCUGCUCGCCAACGAUCAUCAUGCCACGGGGAAUGCACUUUAUUAGGUACACACCUCACAAGUGUGCAUAAUUGGAGCUCAAUAGAUGGGGUACCUAAUGAAAAGACCGCCGAGUGUAUGUCAGGUUAUGAAAAUCACGUCGACACAACAAAAUUGUUUUCUUUUAUGCAGCAAUUUUCUAUUAAUUCUACAUAUUUAUUUCCUCUCUUAAUUGUGUCAAACGGAAAUUAGAUCACAAUAACAUAAUGUCAAAAAUAAUGGGAGCAUAAACAAUAACUGUAUAGUCUUGCUUUUGGCAGCAGUGACACCUUCAUUUGAAAAGGAUAGAUACAUCAACACACAGAUAGACGGAUAGAUGCUAGGCUAUAUUUAUAUACAUGUUCAUAUAAUUGCAAAUUUCCCGAUUGUGGGACUAAUAAAGUUUGUCUUAGUCAUUAGAAGGUAGUUGUAAUAAUGGAAAUGAACUCUAGAGGGCGCUGUCGGCGAGGCUAACGUGCACUACACUAUUACGUAAGAGCUGAGCUUCACUUGGGUGGAACGUAAACAUGGCAAGUAAGUAUGACGUAGUAAGUUAACAAAUGUCAUUCGUGUGAACAUAAUUCACACAUCAAACAUCAUCCCUUAUGUAACAGCCGUCGCGGCUCAGAGAAGGGUGUUGUUUACUCGCGGAAUGUCACAAUUAAAUCGGACGACUAGCCGGAAGUGUACGUCAUCGAGGAGCCGCCAGAGGACACGCAACAUGGACACCCUUCUAUCCCACAAUGCACUGCGCGGAAAAGGCGGCAAAAGGCGGCGAAUGCCGGCUAGCAAGUUAAGGGUUGACUUCAUGUCUUAUUUUCGAACCUCAUUUAGUUUGCGCGGUGACGAUUGUUUAGUCUUCUGUGGAACGAGUAACACUUUUAAGGAAUACUCAUCGCACUGCCACAGAUAGCGGAAGCUAACCAGCUUGGAUAGCUCAUAGACGUUAACUACCUCACACAAACAGCAUGUCCAAAGUCCAACUAGCCUGUGUAUAAAAUUGAUUUACGCAAGGCCAGCCUGAUCAGACAGAAUUUUUCAAGUCGAGUCCAGUGAAGUGAGUAUCAUUUCCCUCUGAUAAAUGUCGUCAUUGGCUCAAUAUUUUAGGUGUAACCUUUUUGUUAAAUCUGUUUCAAACUUUCACCCCUUUAUUAUUAUUUAUAUUCUCAAAAGGUGGUUUGUGGCAUUGGCACGCUUGCUAAAUGCAGAAACAGGCAGCAUAUAAUUAAUUAGAAUUAAUUCCAAAGUUCCAUGAGAACAUUUGCCACUCAAAACAUGCAUAGGAAAAAAACUGAAGCGCAGAGAAAGACCUAGCUGUCCAUUGUUUUGAGAGAAUUCCGCAAAGAUGGCGGCCACUCGUCACGCUGACGUGUUCCACGUGGUCAGUGGUGACGUACAGCGAGACACGCCAUCGCCUAUUCAAAUUGUAGCUCGUUGAGCGACCGCUUCCGACAACCGAGCUAACUAUUCCAUGCACAUUGAUAGCUAGAUGUAAUUUGUUCAUCCCGUGAGAGAAAACAAGAUGAACACCAGCACUCAUUUUUAUGUUUCGUUGGCAGUUGGAUCGAUUAUGACUGCAAACUAUACUGCCAAAAUGUGUGUUUUAAGUUACAAAACAGUUCAUUUACCCAUUGACCUACUCAGUCAGAUUCUACACUGUGUAUGUUGAUGUGAAGAAUAAAACUUUGUGACAUCAUCUGA